GUCAUACUCCAGUGUCAGUGACAGUUCAGAAUCAUCUUUAUACAUUCACUCCAAAUUAAAAUACAAAAUAAAUAAAAAAAAAAAGAAUUUACCAUCAGCUGCUUUCUCUCAUUCCGUUGUUAUUUUAGCUUUAAUAAAAUAUUAAAUUCGUAUCGCUUGCCCACAAAAAAAAAAUGAUUAAAGCAAUUCUUGUAUUCAAUAAUCAUGGACGGCCUAGACUGUCGAAAUUUUAUCAAUAUUUUAAUGAAGAUCUUCAACAGCAGAUAAUCAAAGAAACAUUUCAGUUGGUAUCGAAACGUGAUGAUAACGUGUGCAAUUUCCUGGAAGGUGGAAGUUUGAUUGGUGGCUCCGAUUAUAAAUUAAUUUAUCGACAUUAUGCCACUUUGUAUUUUGUAUUUUGCGUCGAUUCAUCGGAGAGUGAAUUGGGUAUUCUGGAUUUGAUUCAAGUAUUUGUUGAAACACUCGAUAAAUGCUUUGAAAAUGUCUGCGAACUUGAUUUGAUAUUUCAUGCCGAUGCGGUUCAUCACAUUCUAUCCGAACUUGUCAUGGGUGGAAUGGUCUUACAAACAAAUAUGUCAGACAUAUUGGCACGAAUUGAAGAUCAAAAUCGUUUGGUUAAACAAGAGGCCGGCCUAUCAGCUGCUCCAGCUGCUGUUGUUCAUCAACUGAAAAGCAUGAAUCUACCACAACAAUUUAAAGACAUGAAAUUGCCAGACCUACCACAGGCCAUAAAGGACUUGAAAUUUUGACCCAACAACAACGGCAAUCAAAAAUAUGCAGCGAUGUCGGAUGACAGUGAAUCAAUUUUUCGUUAAAAACGAACGCAAUCAUCAGUUUUGAACCGAAUUAAAACGACGGCAACAAUUUGUACAUUCGUUUGAAAGUUUUCCACAUAAAAGAAUUGGAAUUUAGAUUCUUUAGAUAAAUUCAAUAUGCUCUUCAUUAAAUUCCUAGUAAAUACACACUUAAAAUAAGUAAACGAAAGAGAAACUUCCUUUACUGUGCAUUUUUUUUUAUUUUCAAUUAAUUUCGAGGCAGUUAUCUAAAGUUUAUAUUAUGUGCCGUGGAAAAAAACCUCAUCAUACGUUUUCCGGAAAAGUGCACAUUCCCCGAGAAAAUUAAGAAAAACCCGAAAGUGUCAAAUUCUUUAUAAAACCAUUAGAAAAUAAAAUUUCACAAAACUAAUGAUGUAGAUGUCCUAAUACCUAUAAUAUAA